AUAAAUACAACGCUUAUUUUAGGCUUUUUUUCUUAUUUCUUUAAUCUAACCACCAAGAUGCCUAUGGUCAAAAAUCUGGAGAACGUUCAUCAUGAAUUAAUUGAAAUCGCAAGGGAGUCUAAUAGACUUGCUUGUAGAAGCUAUACCGCUGAUGAUGUUGAGAAACUUCAAGACAGACUUCGUGCCAUUGAUUCACAAUACAAUCAAGGUGCCUUUGAUGCUGGUCAUUAUGAAGAAGACGGUCUUGCUCAAGUUUCAGAUGAGCUUGAAAGAGUUCAUCGUAGACUCCACCGUAUGCUAUCUCGUAUCGAGUAAUGCAUGUUACCCUCGCAUUUUACUUUUUUCUUUUACUAUUUUCAUUGCAUUCAUCAACUUUUUUAAAUAAA